AUGAGCCUGGUUACCGACACUCCUCAUCCGCUGGCCACCACGUCCGUCCUCCAUACUCCUACUUCUCUACCCGUCUCAACAGACGCCUUUUCCAUGUCCAUUCCAACAUGCUCCCGGAAACUCGCCUCCAGCCCCAUAUCCCACCUUGAACCUGCGCCUGAUGCCUGGACAUCCAGCCCGUCCUUGAGACCAAGAAACCCUCUCUCCGGUCUUUGGAGUCACUCAAGUCACUUCCAUCAGCUCUAUGCCGCUCUUCCGAGCUCUUCGACCCUCCGUAGGCCUAUACCCGGACGCAUUCCAGUCAAAUCUACUCCUCCCACCAUCUUCCUUCCCCCUCGCAUAACUUCUGACACACCCGCGGCUCGCGACUCGUCUCAGCCUUCUCCCAGAUCUUCCAGCCAUCGCAAGCAUUUGGCGUUCAACACCUCGUCAGAGUCUUCAUCCUCCGAACCGCGCCCAGUAGCCUCUUUCCUCUCAAGCACUCAACUAUGA